ACGACGGUAGCAGCCUCAGUCGUUCGCGAACCUCCAUCGAAGAACGUUCCUCGUACGAAUUGAUAUAAAUGUACACAUUAUCGAACGAACUAUCGAAAAAUCCUUAAAUUUAAAGACAAUUGAAAAAUGUUAAGGAACCAUUUUCUUUCCCCUACGAAUAGUCUCCAUUAGUGGAAUUACGGUUAUUUUUUUUUUUCUAAAAAUAAAAAAAAAAAAAAUAAAAGAAAUAGAAUCGAUCAACGAGAAACUUUACUCCAUUUUCUUUUUUCAUCGAUCGUUAAGUCGAUCGAUCGUAUAAAAAAAAAAGGGAAUCAAAGGUGCUAUAAACGCGGCUCAGUGCUUGAGAAUGAGGACGAUUUCGUAUCUCCGUCUUCGCACUACUACCGACGAUUUUGGUGAAUAAGUUGUCUCUAUUUGUACUCUGACAUAAAUCAUGUGGAAAAUUUGGAUCCUCUUGCUCUGUGCCACAGGGAUAUCCUCAACCUUGGUAGAUUCUCAUAGUUUCGGUAUAACCAUUCCACCGAAAAUUCAAGAUAAAACAAAUCAGCAACACGAACCGAUCAGACGCUUCGCAUGUCCCAUAGGAUUUUUUCGAUUGAAAAGAUUUUGUUAUUACCUGAGCGCGGGUACAGCACCCUGGAGAGAGGCGUAUUUCCAUUGCAAGGAUAGAAACGCGACUCUCGCGGUACUUGAUAGAAAUGGAAAAGAUAGAAUGUUAAGGAAAUAUCUGAUGGGCGAUCAAUUCACGAAAUUAGAACGGUGGAUAGGUGGGAUUUAUAACUGGCAACAGAUGGCUUGGGAAUGGGGUGUGACCGGUGAGAAAAUGGUUUUUCAGAGCUUCGGUAAAAUAAAUCCUGGCAAGUCCGAACAAUACGCCUGGCAUUGCAUUGUAUUAGAUCCUGCUUUGAAAUAUAAAUGGAACGCCAAAAGUUGUGUGCAACGGAAGCAUUAUAUAUGUGAGGUACCAGCCGGGAGAAUAGUCAAAAGACGUAAAAAGAAGGCCGAUCCCUUUGCACCACAAAACCAAAGAUUAAAACCUCGCAAACAAGGAAAAAAGUAUCCUGGUGAGCUUCGAAGGCAAAAUAAUAGACGAAAAAAGGAACAAACUGAUUGGGGGCGAGACUGGGCAGAACAAACCGCGAAUCAACAAUGGGCACACGGAGUGAAUCCUGGUUCAAGGCCACCUGUCAGAAUGAGAAGUUCAAGAGAAAAAAUGCGACAUCACUCGAACAGAACUAUUUCGAAUGCAACUGUGCCGAAAGUCGCUCAAAUUUUACCUCAAAAGCAAGGAUAUGGUACUUUUUUGGGAGAUGGGCCAAGCAGUACGAUACAUAAUCAGCCACAAGCUUUAUCGAAUGUAAAUGACGUACUAUCUCAAUUUCAAGCGAAGAUCAACGACUUCGCGCGAGAGGAGGUUUUGCUUAAACCUUGAAAAAAUGUAGACCUACCAUCGAAUCAUCGGCUUCUCGCAAUGCCUUUUUUCUUCUCUCUCUCUCUUUCUCUUUCUCUCUUUCUCUCUCUUUUUCUCUCUCUCUCUCUCUCUCUCUCUCUCUCUCUCUCUCUUUUCUAUUUAGUAAACGUUCUUCCUUUUUUUAGAUUAUAAACAAAAAUUCGAGAAUUCUCUCGAGGCUACAGACUGAGAUAAUUUAUUAUAUUGCAAAUGAAAGAUUGAACCCUUCGCAGUUCCUUUUUUCUCUCUGAACUUCAUUAAUUAAAUCAUAGCUAAACGAUUAAAUUGUAGACAACAAUAUAAGAAAAAAAAAAAAAAAAAAAAAAAAGCUAUUAUAACUAUAUAUAAAAUGUUAGAAUCUAAUUGCAAGUUGUUCUCUUUAAUAGCUUAAUAUAUGUAUGGUUUUAAAGAUGUGUAUUUGACGAAAAAUUAUCCCAUACUUAAAAUCUUUCCAAAUUAGAAAAAAAAAUAAACUCAAGUUCGAGAGUACGAGUACCCAUGUAUUACGACAUAUCAAAUUAGUAUUUCUUCGCUAUUUAUGAAAGCUUCGAAAAAAAAAAAAAAAAAAAAAA